AUGCUCUUCAACAACAUUGCCUCCGCCGCCGCCGCCGCCUGCGUGCUCCUCGUCCCUUCCGUCCUGGCGGAGGUCAGGCUGCAAUGGCACCCCUCGGGCAGCUGCAGCACCUCUGGCGGGCCGCAGAGGGUCUACGGUACCGGCGUGUGCAUCAGUCUCAGCUCGACCAGCAACUCAGUCAACAUUCUUUCUCGCCAAGGGUCCUGCAACCUGGUGACAUACACCGCCAACGGCUGCUCCGGUGGCCGGAGAGUGUUGAACAGCAACGGCUGCUGGACCCUGAGCGGUAGGAACUCCGCGCGGGUUGAGUGCUGA